AUGCGUGGCCACCAUCCGCGGCCUCCACUGGACUGGUUACGAGCACCAUCGGCCUGCGACGAGCCGAUCCAAGCGUGCCAGCGGGUUCUCUGCCCCGACGUCGUGGAAGCCGCGAACCUAGCAAUCCCGCCCCCGGCGCGGUGGAGCGGCGUUGCGGGCCCGGCACGUGAACGUGUGGCGCCCGACGCCGUCGACGCGGCCGAGGCGCGGCGGGAUUUGUGAGACGCGGCUUUCCGACGCGCCGGGAUCAGGCCGACGCGGCUGGAACCCGGCCGCAUGGCAGUGAUACACAAACCGACGGGAGAGCACGUUGACACACACAUACACAAAUCGAAACCUCACCUCGUCCACGAACGCAGGCCGCCCCGGCCGCGCGGCCCGCGCCCCUCGAGGCGAAGAGCCCCGCCGUGCUCGACGGCAUCGGCGCGACGGCGCCCUUCGCCGGCAACGGCAAGUGCUGGGACCCCGUCGGCUUCACGGAGCGGACCGAGGACUCGCUGAUGUUGUGGUACCGCGCGGCCGAGCUCAAGCACUCGCGCGUGGCCAUGCUCGCGUGCACGGGCUGGCUCGUGAACCAGUACGAGCUCUACUUCCCGGGCAACCUCGCCGCGGGCAAGGCCUUCGCGUCGCUCGGCAAGAACCCCCUCGAGGCCUGGUCGGCGACGCCCUACGACGGCAAGGUCCAGAUUUUGUUCGCCAUCGGCCUCGCGGAGUUCCACAGCGAGUUCGGCACGUACAAGAAGCACUUCACGCGCGGCGGCCCGCUGCCGGGCAACCAGAUCGAGCGCACGGCGAGCGGCUGGCAGGACGUCUGGGGCGGCAAGGUCCUCAACAUCCCGUUCGGCCCCGAGGACACGGACGCCAAGUUCCGCACGCAGCAGAACGCGGAGCUCAACAACGGCCGCGCCGCGAUGAUCGGCAUCAUGGGGUUUUCGGCCGCGGCGCUCGUGCCGGGCUCGGUCCCGGCGUUGGAUGGGUUGGACGGCGUCGUGGCCCAGGGCUGGACGAUCGGCGCCUAG